AUGGCGCUGAGCGCUCAGACGCUGCGGCAGCUGUUGGCAGGCUUCCCCCACCCAGACCCGCCCGUAUAUAUUCAGCCCACCAGGGCAUCGCAGACCCACUGGCCCGGCUGGCGGUCUGCGUUUGCCACGGGACCCUUCAGUAUGGCCACUGAGGACCAGAAACCUGAAUCCAAGCAGCAGCAGGCAGGCAGCACAGCCCUGAAGCUGAUCAUCUAUGAGCAGGAGAACUUCCAAGGACGCUUCCAUGAGCUGACUGGUCCCUGUAACAACGUCCAGGAGGCAGGCCUGGAUAAAGUGGGCUCCAUCCUGGUGCUUUGUGGGCCGUGGGUGGGAUACGAGCAGCCGGACUGCAAGGGCGAGCAGUAUGUGUUUGAGAAGGGGGAGUAUCCUCGCUGGGAUUCCUGGACCAACAGCAAGCGCAGCGACAAGAUUCACUCCUUCCGCCAUGUCAAAGUGGACAGCCAGGCACACAAGAUCGUGCUGUACGAGAACCCAGGCUUUACAGGAAAGAAGAUAGAGAUCAUCGACGACGACGUGCCCAGCUUCUACGCUCACGGCUACCAGGAGAAGGUCUCCUCAGUGCGGGUGCAGUGUGGAACUUGGGUGGGAUACCAGUACCCCGGCUACAGAGGGAACCAGUACCUGUUUGAGAAGGGGGAGUACAAGGACGUGGCGGAUUUUGGGGCUCAGAUUCCACAGAUCCAGUCAGUGCGGCGCAUCAGAGACAUGCAGUGGCAUCAGAGGGGCACGUUUCAGCCCGUCAACUGAGGCGGUGACUCUUCCUGGUGGUGACCCUUGACCUCUGACCCGCUUUCCCUCCUCUAUCAGCGACCUCAGACCCUCAUUUAUUUUGAUACCUACUGUUACUUUUGUUGCAGUGACGGACCUUUAAAGCAAAUUAAUAAAACCUGCUUAUAUUUCACGCCA